UACAUGACCUCAGUUUCUCGUAGAAUCGUUUCCGCGCUGUGUUUGGAUUUGAGCGCUAGCUGUAUUAACCUGCAGUAUUUCAACAUAGAAGAACAAACGCUUCUUGAAAAAUAAUUUGUAACUGUUUUUCAUCCCUUACUUCGUAUCUUUAAGAUUUUUCGCUACUAAGUACGCGAAGCGCCAAAACUUCAAAUCUCUCGGCGGUGUUGCACUACAAGUAAAGAAAAGGACGCUGCUCCCAGAAUUCCUAUCAGUCGCAGUCGAGAUCGUGUAGGAAUAUGGCGGAGGAGUUCAAACUGGGAGACUUAGUGUGGGCAAAAAUGAAGGGGUUUUCUCCAUGGCCUGGACGGGUUUCUCAUCCAACAAAGGAUCUGAAACGACCAUCGACGAAGAAGACUGCUCUACAUUGCAUAUUCUUCUUUGGUACAAACAAUUAUGCAUGGAUUGAAGAGACGAACAUAAAACCAUACUUUGAAUUCAAGGAUCAACUUGUGAAGUCCAAUAAAUCAGUAGCAUUUAAAGAUGCCAUAAAUGCAAUAGAGGAUUAUAUAAAGAAUCAAGGAGAGAAAUACAAUGACCUUAUGGACCCAGAUGCGGAGUUCAAUAGGUUAAGGGAAUCUGUAGCAGCCAAGAAGGAUGCAAAAUCUAAGGCAUUAAAAAAGGAGACACCUGUUAAAAACAUUAAAAGAGGGCCUUCAGAUAAAAUGAAGGAUACUCCAACACCGAAAAAGGCUCGAAGUCAAUCUUUGGAAGAUGAUAGUGUUAGGAUAAAACAUAACAUUUCACCAAAUCUUGUUAAUCACAGCCCAAGUCCAAGGAAAGGAGCUGCAUCAAAUUUAUUGGAGCGCCCGUCAAAUAUUAUACGCCCUGAAACUCCUAUUUUGGAUGUAGAGAGUGUUACACAGACUCUAAAAGAAAAGAAUAUUCUACCAUCUGAUCUCAAAUUUGGCUUUCUCGGUCUGGGAAUCAUGGGCUCAGGAAUUGUGAAGAAUUUACUAAAUUCAGGCCAUUCAGUGAUUGUCUGGAACAGGACGCCGGAAAAGUGCCGAGAUUUUGUGAAAGCAGGUGCUCAGCAAGGUCUCACACCCUCAGAUGUAAUACAGGCAGCAGACAUUACCUUUUCUUGUGUUGCUGAUCCACAAGCAGCCAAAGAUAUGGUUUUUGGCAAUUGUGGAGUCCUGGUAGAAAUUACAACAGAAAAAGGUUAUGUGGAAAUGACUGGAAUUGAUGCCGAGACAUCACAGGACAUAGCAGAGGCGAUAAAUGCCAAAGGUGGCCGGUACCUGGAAGCCCAAGUACAAGGAAGUAAGAUACAGGCGGAGGAAGGAACUCUUGUAAUCUUAGCAGCUGGUGACAGAUCUCUCUUUGAUGAAUGUCAGUCCUGUUUCAAAGCAAUGGGCAAAAAUUCUUUCUACCUUGGUGAAGUUGGAAAUGCUUCGAAGAUGAAUCUUGUUCUUCAGCUGAUGACAGGUGUAACAUUGGCUGGCUUAGCUGAAGGCAUGGCUCUUGCUGAUCGGGCGGGGCUCCAGCAGAAAGAUGUGCUUGAAGUAUUAGAACUUACUUCCUUGGCGUGUCCAACCCUAGUUGACAAGGGUCGAGCCAUUAUAGAUGGUUCUUUCCCUACGCAUUUACCUCUGGAACAUAUGCAGAAGGACCUAAAACUUUCUCUAAUCAUGGGUGACCAGUUGGAGCAACCGCUGCCGCUGACUGCAUCAACCAAUGAACUUUUCAAGCACGCGAAAAGGCUUGGAUAUGGUUCACAUGAUGCAUCUGCAGUCUACAUCCGUGCACGAUUUUGAAAAUUUGUUAAAUAGAUGACUGCUGUUUUAUACAAUGGUUUCUUCAGGGUCGUGGAAAGAGGCUCUAUAUACUUUUACAAAUAGUGUUGAAUUAUGACAUAUUCCACAUGAUCAUGACAGUGCUGCAGCCCAUUUAUCACUGAAUAGUAUUGACCAGAAAUAUUUUUGAAGUGGUUACAUAAAUGAACUGACACUUUGAAAUCUGUGUAAUUACUGUAACUCGAUUUGUUUUAUCAGUGAUGAAUUUUUGUCAGGCUGCUUUAAUACUGGUAAUUUGAUACCAAACAAUUCUACUGCCACCUUUGGUGGAUGAAGGAAAAAUUAUCUUGAAAAAUAGUUUUAUUUUUUAGUAAUGCAAGAGUGCAAUUAUGAAACAGAGACUUCUGUGCUUUAAAUAUGACUUUCGAGAGAGCUGAUAUCAUUCACAGAAUAAUGUAUAGAAUCUUGUAUGGAUACAUUUCACAAAUAAAUUUUUAUUAAAAUAACAGAGAA